GGCAAGGAGAAUCUGUUGUUAUGGAAACAGAGAAGACGCCGUGGAAGGCAUAGGCCUCAGUGAGUGUCACCUGUACGAUUCUAUGUGGCUCCGAUCCGGUCCUGGAAUAGCGAUUAGCGGGCCCCUCAUAGAAUCCUUAUAGAAUAGGGGGGAGAGCUGCCUGACAGUCUGGAAGAUGCUAAAGGCGAAAGUGCUGCUAGUGGGACCCAGCGAGUGUGGAAAGAGCAUUUUGGCAAACUUUUUAGCUGAUGCCACAGAGAACAUUGGCGGAGAAUACAGUCCAACGCAAGGUGUAAGAAUAUUAGAAUUUGAGUGUCCUAAUGUAAAUGGGAACAAAGGACCUGGAUGUGAAGUGGAACUAUGGGACUGUGGAGGCGAUCACAAGUUUGAAAGUUCCUGGCCCGCCAUAAUGAAAGAUUCCCAUGGGGUAAUGAUCAUUUUUAAUGCAGACAUUCCAAGUCACCUCAAGGAAAUUGAAAUGUGGCACAGUAACUUCAUCCAACAACAAAAGUUACAAGAAAAUCAGUGCCUGCUGAUAGCACACCACAAGCCUGGAUCAGGGGAUAAUUCAGAGAAACCAGAUUUGUCUCCAGCCUUAAGCAAAUUAACAUUGGUGCAAUCCAAUCUGGAAGAAGAUCCUGAGGAUGUAAGAAUGGAAUUUGUUAAAUAUCUCCGAGGUGUCGUCACUUCAUUGUCAGAGAGCAGGGACCGGGAAGAGAUGUCAAUUAUCACAUAAUAUGCGCUGUGACGCAAGUAAUGUGUCUGUUCCUGAUGCGUUUCCUUAUGGAGAAAUGGACUUCACAUGGCACAGUUUAUGGAAAUACUAGAGCUUGUUCACAAGGAGAUAUUCACGUUAAUAAUCACAAUAUACAUUUACAGACUAAAGGAUUUAUGCUUCUUAAAUUGUGUAGUGAUAUUUCAACAUUAAAUUAUUAUUAUAAAACAA